UAUUCUCUUUGGACAGCUUGCUUGCUUUAUACUUAGAAGAUGGGAGAUGACAGUGUCAACCUUCCUCCUGGUUUUCGAUUCUGCCCAACCGAUGAAGAACUUGUCCUUCACUUCCUCUAUCACAAGGCCUCACUCUUACCUUUCCAUCCCAACAUAAUUCCUGAUCUUGAUCUUUGUCUGCAUGAUCCUUGGGAUUUCAUCAAUGGCAAGACAUUAUCAAGUGGAAGUACAUUCUACUUCUUCAGCAAGGUGACAGAAAAUCGAUUCACAAAGAAAGGGUAUUGGAUGGAUUUAGAUAUUGAUGAACCUGUACUCACAAGUGCUGGAAAGAAAGUGGGAAUCAAGAAACACCUUGUUUUUUACAUUGGUCAAGCUCCAGGUCAAGGUUAUGAAACUGCUUGGAUAAUGCAAGAAUAUCACCUUUGCAACUAUGGGGUGAGUGGUGCAUUCUACAACAGAAGAGUAAAACGAAAAGACCGUACCAAAUGGGUUUUAUGCCGAGUUCAUGAGAGAACGGGCAAUUUUGCUGAAUGUUUCUGCUGCAGCGACGAUGAAGAUAAUGGAACAGAGCUCUCAAGCCUAGAUGAAAUGUAUCUGUCAACUAUAGAUGAUGAUCUUGAUGAAAUCAAUUUUUCAUAAGGAGUUUUAGUAACAAGGUUCAGAUUAGACAUUCUAAAUACAAUUGAAGUCUUUUUCUUUCCUCUCUCUCGGACUAAUCAGCCUGCUCAACUUGUUAUAUUUAAAGGGAUUCGUGUAACUACUCCAAUGAUGCUAUUGUUGAUCUGUAUCAUUAGUAUAAGUCGA